AUGAUUCCCACCGCCCCCUCAGGCAGGCCGCCGUCCAUGCCGAGCGUACCCCCUCAUCCGAUUCCUUGGCCGCCGAACCAUUCCUGGUAUGUUGUCCUCAAAUCUCCUCUCGCGCGCAUGGGGGCGAUCCCUGCAAUCAAAACAAUAGCUACCAUUGACCACACUCCCCAGCCUCACCCUGCUUCCCCCACGGGGACUCUCCCCCAGGGCUUUGGCAACGGCUACACCUCCACUGGCUCCAAGCACACCUCCUUCAGCUCCUACAGGGACCACGCCCAGCAGUUUGGCCCCCUCCAGAAGACAAUCAAGGAGAAGGGCAUCGGCGGCAUCGCUGGCUCUGAGCUCGGCGCCGUCCAGCCCCUUCCGGCGUCUUCUUCGACCGCAGCCAGCUCCCCAACCGUUUCAAGCGCCUCGCGAUUGAUCCUGCUGAGAUGGAGGCGGUAA